AUGUGUGUGUGUGUGUGAGUGUGCUUGUGUGCGUGUCGCUACUGCCGCCGCUUCUGCUCUCGUGUCUGCCGGCGCGCGCGUCGUCAACGGUCAAACGUCCUUGCCGCGCUCCAGUUCGUCCGCGACACGACGCGCGCGCAGUCUGUCGUCUCCUACGCACGUCCGUCGCGCUUGUGUUUUUCGUCGUUUUUUUCCGAUUUUUUUUUGUUCACAAUAAUAACGAAAUAUCGUUGAACGUUUUUUAAAUUUUUUUUUUUUCGUCGAAAAACGGUUUCUAUUUUCUACGCUGUGGUUUAUACUGCUGUUACAAAGAUUCAUAACAUAGUUGUCAUAUAAUAUUAUAUCGCGGUUAAUAUUAUCAUCUCUUCGUGCGUCGAUGUUGAAACGGGAAAAUCGUUUUAACGACGUUUAUGCUGAUCGUAAUAAGAUAAUUAGUAUCAUGAUUUGCUCGGAUUUUGUUUCUGGUGUUUCUUUCUCUAUGCAGUGAUUACUUAACACGUGCACUUCGUCUGAAGAAGAUAACGCGCGUUUUUGUUUUUAAAAUAAUAUAUAAACAGUUUGUAUUUCUUAAAAAAAAGUUCUAGUUCUUGUUUUUAUUAAGUGUACCGAAGACUAUCAUGCCGGUGAUAACAUGAUGCGGGAUUUGGACGCAUCCAGCCCAGUCGUUUGGCCUCCAUGGUGUUAUUCAGUGGACAUCAAAAGAGACAUCGACUUGUUUGGUUUGCCGAAGAGCCGACGUUCGGGGGUCGGUAUGCAGAUCGAACACCCAGUGAAUAACAACAACACGACCAGCGCCAACAACAACAGAGUGGCGUCCGCGGCCGACGUGAAAACAGAACGGCUGAGCCCCGUGGUUGCGGCGGGCGGCGACUCGGCGUCGUCGCGUAGCGGUACGCCGUCUUCGUCGUGCUAUCCUGGCACGCCGCCCGGCGUUUCGGCCGCGGCGGACCGCGUGUCUAGUCCUGCGCCCAACCGAAACUGCAGCGACCUCAUACGAAGUCUGGCCGCCAAGUACCAGAAUGCCAACCCAAGCGAGUACAUGCCUUCGCGGAAUGGUCUGAACUUGGGCAUACUGUCAGCUGCGACGGCCGCUGCAGCAGCGGCAGCCGCCGCCGCCGCGUCCAACAAAGACAACGGUUGCGACGGGGGUCUGCUGAACCCGGGAUUCCCGUUCGCGACGCCCACCAUACCCGGGACGAACGUGCCCAUGUUCCCGCCCAUGAUGGACAUGUCGUCCACGCAGGCGCUACUGUCAAUGGUCCGGUCGUCGCAGUUCGACGCGUUCAUGAGCGGCAAGACCGGCGGCGGCACCAAGCGGCCUUGCUCUACCUCGUCGUCGUCGUCCAACCCGCUGCACCCGCACAACAUCGGCUCGGCGGCCGCGGCCUCGUCGUCCGAACAGAACCCGCUCGACCUUUCGUCGUCGUCGAGUCCGUGCAAGAAACCGCGCAAAGGUCAUCCGCCUGCGGCCGGCCACUGGGAGAGCGCCGCGGCCGCCGCCGGAUCGUUUGCCGAGACGUUCCUCAACAUACCGGCAUUUGGUCUGGCGCUGCAAAAGUCCCGGGAAAAGGUCGCGCUGACUUGCAAUGGCGGCGGCGGCAACAACAAACGGCUGGGCAGCGUGUCGCCGAAACCGUCAAAGGCGACGUCGAAACAGCCACCGUGUCAUCAGGCCGCCCCCAGCCGGGCGUUACCUUGCGCUUCGACCUGUUCCGCUCCGCCGGCCACCUCCACGGCCAACGCCGAUAAACACACCUGCCCCAACGCGGCCGACAAGUCCACUGUGUCUUCGUGGACGGUUGAUGACGUGUGCGAUUUCGUUGGCACUAUCGACUUGUGCGCUGAGUACUCACAGUGUUUCCGGGAGCAGUCGAUCGACGGGACAGCGUUGCCACUGCUCAGCGAGGACCACCUGACCGGAACCAUGAAUAUGAAACUGGGACCGGCUCUCAAGUUCCGGGCCGUUCUGGCCCAGAAGUUGGGAAACUGCGCGGUGUGCAUGCACUGCGCCCACUGUCACGGCGCCCAAACACACGGUGCAGGACGACACAGCCCCGUCCCCGGAAACAACAACAGUUCUUCGUCCGCUCAGUGUUGAACAGUAGGAGCACCGUUCGUGUCGACUCCGUGGCAAAGUCCGUCCACUUUACACGCACAGGGUGUUCAAGAUGUUUGAAAAUUGAUAUAAUAUUAUACUGACGCCCUGUAUGAGCGGUAGUAUUACCACAGAAUAAAUGAAAUUUCAUUUUUCUGCGGUAUUACCGUUGAGCGUUUAAACUACAUUUCUAUGAUAUACAUUCACCUACAGUGUCCCUGCUAAUCGACGUUCGUUUUUUUUUUAACGAAAUAUCAUAUUAUGGUCCAUUAAAUCAUGUUCUUAUGUAUUUUAUAAGACAAUGUAUUUUUAUAAUACAAAUCGUGUUCAUGUCUAUCGCUCGUGUCGAUUAUGCAAAAAAAAAAAAAUAAUAAAAAUAAAAUUGCAUUAUUCAAAUUAUGGUAAAUUCCAAAAGUCAUCGAUUUCGCCGUUUCCCUGACUUGUUUUUCUCGCAUUGGAUUUAUCAGUAUUUUUACGUAUAGGUAAUAAUUUAAUAAUUGUUUGCAUAUUCUCGAACAGCUGAUGGUCAUUUUUAUUUUCAUUAUUAUUAUAAUUUUUAUUUUUUUUUUUUGAGCUUUUGUUAAUAUUUUUACUAUUGUUUUACUUAAAUAUUCUAUUACGCAUCUAAUGUCUAUAUAAUAUUAUUUGUAUGUAGUUAGUUUAGUUUAAAAUCUAUAUUGUAUAAUAUAUUAUAUAGUUCUCUGUUGAUUAUUAUUAUUAUUUUUUUAAGUUUCUUGAAAUUAAUAUUAUAGUGCGGAUUGGUCGUAAUCGGUUUAAAAUUAUAACUUAUAACGUAAGUAGGUAAUAUUUUAUAACUACAAGUGAACAUACAAUAUGCAGGGCAUUUUUAUUAUCCGGCGACAUCUCGAAAAAUUUAAGGCAUGUAAAACAUUAAAAGAAAAACAAUUUAACAACAUUUGCUAUUUUACAUUUUAAUUUUGUUAACUAAUUCUGAAAAUUAAUAAUUGAUGUACUUCCUAAGAUAUUGUCAGUAUUGAGUUUUUAAAUAAAUACCUUUUAUAAAUUGGUCUACUUGAAUGCUCAAUAUUAUCCGAUUAUACUCGAGUAUAUAACAGUAUAACGCGUUCUUUAAAAAUGUUUAAAUUGUUUACAUAAUGUAUGGUGUACAGUUUUCACAGUGCCUUCGUUUUGUAUUAUAUUUAUAUAUAUAUAUAUAUUUUUUUUUAUACACAACAGCUAAAUUAUAAUAUAAUUUGAAUUCAAUAUAAAUUGGUUCAAGUUUUUAUUUUGAAGAUUAUAUAUCGUAUUAAAUACUUUGUAACGAAUAUCGAUUAUUGAUUAUUCGUAAGAAACGAUUUAAUGUUAUUUUACCAAUUUAAACUUAACUUUGUGACAGAUGAAUUAUACAGAAAAAAAAAUAUAGUAUAUAAAUAUUUGUUGAUACAAUUAAUAUUUGUGGACUGUUGACAUUUGUUUAGUUAUUUUUUUUUUUAUAUAUAUAUAUUAUAUUAUUAAUUAAAACAUUGUAAUUGAGAAAAACAAAAUUUUCUCGGAUUAUCAGGGCUGACCUAGUGCAAUUUUCAUGUGCAAAUUAUUACGAUGAUUUCAAUAACGUAAUCACGAAUAGGUAGUAUUUGCAUACGUGUACGGCGUUUUUUUGUUUGAUUUUUUUUUUUAACUAUGUAAAGAAAUAAAACAAGAAAAAUAUAAGCUGUUAUAAAGCUGUAAUAUAAUUUA